AUGUCUGAAAAGCUCUUCCGCCUCCUCAAAACCGCCGUUGUCCUUUCGGAGCAGUUCCAGGCGACACUGGACACUACCCCGCAAGCAGAAACAACAUCAACAAGCACAGGAACCACCACAGAUCCGCUGGUUUUGCUGUCAGAUAGCGCGAAAACGCUGCGAUCCCAGGUCACCAAGCUAUCCCUGCUUGCAAUCACCUCGCCGUUCACGCCAUCCGCAAUCUCCACCGUUGUCGGCGCUGCCAACGACUCGGCCCUGCCGUCUCUCGUAACCGCCGCACUCUUGCUCACGCCCGGCGAGUACACACGAGCAUUUACGAGUGAAGCAAGAGUAUUAGCCAAAACCGCCCUGAGAGAAUUCUCAACGCUCGUCGAGGAAGUCCUCCGAUUAGCGAAUCGGCACGAAGCAGGUGCCUUGAUUGCAACCCAAGAACUGCCCGCAGCAGACAAAGAUGUCAUCACAUCUCGUACGGGGAGGGUUUGGGAUGCCUGUGAUACCGUGAUUGAUCUUGUCUCCAAGGGUGUGGUUGGGUUCGUGGCUGGUCGGGUUCAGCAGUGGCAUGAUCUAAUCAAAGAUGCAAUAAACGAGUUGGAGGAAUGGGACCCGGAAGACGAUACAGAUUUCGACGAUCUUUUGGGAAGUGGCGACGAGGAUGGUGAAGACGACGACGAAGACGACGACGAUAAAGAGCCUACACAAGAAGAAAAGAACCAAAUCGAGGCCCUUCACAAGCAGAAAAAAUCGUCACUCCGCGUUAUCAAGCCCAUUGCACAGAUCUACCCGGCCAUCAUUUCAAACAGACUCAAAAAGAAGGGGGGGCUUACAGCUUCAAAAUCGCAAAUACAAAAAUUAGAGUCUCUAUCUUCCGAUCUUCAGUCUAUACCAGGUCAUGUCGAUGAAGCUGCGGGUUCUCUGUAUGAAGGCAGCGUGACGGAUUCAGUUCGCUACCUCCGUUUGGCCAAGACGACUGCUGAACGCGCGAUUCAGCUUGUCAGCUUACCAUGGAGAGAUGAGAAUGAUACAAGUAAUGCUGAAGACAAAGAGGAUAAAUUUACUGUUUGGUCCAGGACUUGGAUGAAAGUCAUGGCCGAUGUCAUACAGGACGCAUAA